UCUGAGAGCGACUUGGGACGGAGGAACUACCGCUGUUGGACUCGUUUGGGGAGGAAAAAAAAAACCAAAACCCAAAACGCUGCUUUUUUUUCUUCUUUUUGCUUUCUGCGAGCCUAACUUCUUUUUAUUGUGGGAAUACAAGCUCCGCGCUCGAAAUCGACUGUAAAGAUGCUGCUCCUACUACUGGGAAUUAUCCUCCUGCACAUCGCUGCUCUGGUUCUCCUGUUUGUGUCCACAAUUGUCAGCGUCUGGACAUCGAGUGAAGCUGGCACCUCAGACCUCUGGACAAACUGUUCUAUUGUCAAUGGAGGAUACCACUGUAACCCAGCAUCAACUGGAGAGUGGAUUCAGGCGGUCCAGGCUGUCAUGAUCCUAUCCAUCAUCUUCAGCUGCCUGUCCCUCUUCCUCUUUUUCUGCCAGCUCUUCACUUUGCAGAAGGGCGGACGCUUCUUCCUCACUGGAACCUUCCAGAUCCUUGCCAGUUUGUUCGUGAUGAGCGGCGCCAUCAUCUACACGGUGAUGAGUCCGGUGUGGGUGUCGGAGUCGUACGCCUUCGGCUACUCCUACAUCCUGGCGUGGGUGGCCUUCCCCUUGGCGCUGAUCAGCGGACUCAUCUACGUCAUCUUGAGGAAGCGAGAAUGAGCCGCCGCUCCGCCCCAGUGUUCCCAGUAACCCUCUGCCCAACUGCAAGUGUUAUCAGUCCCCCUCUGAAGUAGUGACGCCCAAGUCCAAGUGGCCGACAGAGGCCAAAACAUCACAGCGAGGGAGGAGGGGGGAGUAAUACCAAAAAUACAACAUGCAAACCAACAUAAAAACACACCAAUACUGUCUCAGUUAAAAGAUGUAUAUAGUAUCUAUGGUUUAAAACCUAUUUAUAACACUUUUUACAUAUAUGUACAUAGUUUUUGUGUUGCUCUGCCAACGGAUACUAUGAGCUUUGUUUUAGCUGAUUAAGUGCCUUAGUCUUUGUUUGUAAUGAUGAAAUAAUUAUACACUAUUUUGUUGUGUUUUUUUUUGGCCCUUUGUUUUGCCAAAGAAUUAGAAAAAAAAGCAAAAAAAAGUUUCUUGAAGUAUAUUAACCAAAGUGCAUGUAUAGAAAUAGAAGGGUUAAGUGAACUUUUCUCUCUCUUUUUUUUUUUUUUUCGGAUGGGCUUGCUUUACAAAAAGAGUGGUAACAUCCAUGGAUGUAGCGUAGCCAUGAAAUAUAGAUUUGGUCCUUUUUUUUCUAUUUGUGAAUUUGCAAGUUUAAGUGUUUUUGUUUUCGGUAUUUUUCUAUUUCUUAUUUUCAACAAAAAAGAUGGUGCUAUGUAUUUAUCAUUCCUAUUACUGAUAGCAAUCAUUUACAAUGCUUCUUGUUAUUGUUUAGAGUCAAACCGCUUGCCAUUAAUUACAACAAAAAAAAAAGUGAGAAUCAGACAGAGGUACAGUUGUGCAUAAGGUGCCUGACUGCUUCUUUAGGGAACACGGCCUAUUUCACUUUGCAGUGUCUGAAUUAUUAGUUGUUGUUGUUUUUUUUCUCUUCAUCAGCUACUGUAAAGGUUGAGGUGGUGCAUUGAUAAAAAUCUAAAGUCAUUUGGAAUGUCAGUAUUAUUCUGCAAGUUUGGAAAGAGUUUGGGAGAAAUAACUUACGCUUUAUUUUUCUCUCUGUUUUGCCUUCAUUUCGCAUCAUUCUGAAAGUUUCAAAAAGCCAAAUUUUGUUUUUUUGUAGAAUAUCAUCAAGAAGAUAACACAGCGGGGCAUUAUAGCCAAAUUUAACAAUACUAGGAACCACCGAGUUGAAGCCAUAUCAGAAAAUACCAGAUGAUAGGAAAAGGAUAUUUAGUAUUAACUCUACAAGUGAAGAAAAAAAGGACAGAGAGGUUUGCAGUGAUGAUACAAAAAUGUCUGUUUCACAUACUUGAAGUUUGACAUGCUGCAGUCUCUGCCCACUGAUGUCUACGUGUUGUUGUUUUUCUUCCUCUUCUACUGUAUAAAACACUGUUUAUAUGUUGUGCAUAACAGAUGUUUGUGACAAUCUAGCCUUAAAGAAAAAAAAACAAAAAAAAAACUCACUGACUAAAUAAAACUACUCUCACUAAUGCUGUGUACUCCACUGUUACAAGGGACUGGAUUCACUCUAACACUCGAUGCAUGUAGAAGUCGUUUUUUUUUCUUCAAGGAUGUUGUUGACGCUGUCUGCCAAUAAAACUCUGAAACACACCUUACUGAGCUGCAAGAAAGAAAAAAAAACCCUGCCAAUUGAAUGGGAAUUAAAAUUCUGAACCAUUUGUGGUGAUUAAUCUGUUCUAACUGACAACAGAUGCAUGUUCACGUGCUGUGAUCGAAGAUGUCAUGUAAAUUCCAGCCGGUUCGAGUCAGCCUUUUGCGGUACGUGUUAGUGAAUCAAAAUGAGCCGCCUCGCAAACACUGCAUGCGACCCGAGUCACCCACGCCGGCUGCAAAAAGGGCUCGGCGCGCGAUGCCAGUUAUUCGAAGCACGCGGCUCGUGUUGCAGUGUCAACAGUGUCGUGACAUCAGGAGUAAGAGGAAUUUUGAACGCUGUACGAAAGCGUCUGUCGCUUGACAUCUCCUGUGAGACCCUCUCAACCCAAACAGAGCUAUGUUGUGGUGGAUUAGAGCAUUUAAUUCAUAGCUUACACUAGCUGGUCUGCUGUGUUCUUUUUUUGUUUUGUUUUGCUGUGUGGCAUGAUGCUCAUCACAGGGUUCAGUUAGAAGACGCCGCCUCUAAUGACAACUGCCCUCUACUUUGUGCAAAAGCUACAGCCUCGACUGUCUCUACCAUGUUUACAUCUAAACUUCCACAUGCUCUUGAUAUUACCAAAGCUACUUUGAAUUUACCCAUUAAAGGAUGUUUCUUACCACCACCA